AUGGAGCGUAAGCCACUAAGGCAAUCGUUUACGAUUACUGCCAAUGCUUUAGAUGCUGAAAUUCUAAAGCCUGACGUGGAAGUUAAUCAACUCCAAGUAUUGAGCUUACAGUUGGAAGGAAAAUUCAACAGAUUAGAUGAAGUUCAGUCACAAAUUUCCGAACUUUUAUUGGAAGGUCAAAACGAAAGUGAAUAUUUAGCUGAUUUUGACACGAAUGAAACAUAUCGUGAUAAAUAUAUCAGUUUAAAAACAAAAGUAGAAAACAAAAUGGUGAAUUCCACUCCUGUAAUUACACCUGGAAUUUUAGAAAAUUCCACGAAAAGGAACUUUAAAUUACCAAAGUUGGAGCUUCAAAAAUUCAAUGGGGAGACCCGAAAUUGGUUAGGAUUUUGGGGACAGUUUAAGAAGAUCGACGAAGAUGUAAAUAUAGAUGACGAUGACAAAUUUCAAUACCUAUUGCAGGCAACGGUCGUUGGAUCUCCAGCGAGAGAGCUCAUAGAUAGUUAUCCUCCCUCUGGCGCGAAUUAUAAAGAAGCUAUCAAGCAGCUAAAAUCUCGAUUUGCACGAGACGAAUUACUGGUAGAAAUCUAUGUUCGCGAAUUAUUAAAGUUGGUUUUGGCUCAAGCUAGCAAAAAAGGAAAUAUGACUCUAUCCAACUUAUAUGAUAAGUUAGAGACGCAACUCAGAGCUUUGGAGACGUUGGGGGUAAAAAGUGAGAUUUAUGCAGCUAUGCUGUAUCCCCUUGUAGAGUCUUCACUACCUGAAGAAAUUCUGAGGGCAUGGGAGCGAUCUCGCCAGCUUGAAAGUGAAGAGCGUCUUCAGUUGGCCCGUACAAGUUUUUCUGCUCCAGACAAAUUGGACUCGGUUCCAGCCACAGCAGCUUGUAUUUAUGCAGGAGAUUCAAAGAAGAAACAGCUUAAUUUUUGUGUUUGGUGUGACAAGGAAACACAUAAUUCUUAUGAGUGCUUUAAGCUGCACAGCCUUUCAUUGGAAGAUAAGAAAAAUUUACUAAGAAAGAAAAAAGCUUGUUUUAACUGCCUAAAAAUUGGGCAUGCUGCCGAAAAGUGUAAAAGUUCUGUGAAAUGCCUAGUUUGCAACAAACGUCAUGUAACGGUGAUGUGCAGAGAACUAAAAGGUUCUAGAAGUUCAAAAAAGGAAGCACCUAAAGCAGCUAACGAAACAAGUGAGACUUUAUUGUCUAACCAAAAACUGCAAACAACUCUUCUCCAAACUAUUAUGGUGAAGAUUGUCCAUAAUGGAAAAAAGGAGCUUGUGAGAACUCUUUUUGACAGUGGGUCACAAAGAUCUUACUUACGGAAAGACAUAAUAAAGAGACUAGAUUUAGUCCCAUUAGAUCAAGAGACUUUGAGCCACAAUUUGUUUGGUGGAGUUGAAACUGAAUCUCAGGUCCAUGGUAUUUUUGAUAUCGAAAUACAAGGAACGGAAAAUAAAUUCAAAUACGAAUUAUCGGUUUUAGAUAAAGACAAAAUUUGUGGAUACAUUCCUAGAGUGAAACUCAAACAUUCCUCACUUCGAGAACAUAAAAUCAAAAUCAGUGAUUCUGGAAGAGAUAUACCAGAUAUCGGAUUGUUAAUAGGAGCCGACUAUUCCGGACAGUUGAUGACGAAUAAUAUCAUUCCAAUUGACAAAAACCUUAUUGCCAUUGAAACAAAAUUGGGUUGGACCCUACAAGGCCCAGUGCAAAGUCAUAAUACCUUGCUUGGUACCGUCGGACUUUGUUAUUUGGAUCUCACAGAACUAUGGAAUUUAGAGACAAUUGGCAUAAAAGAUCCGGCGGAAGUGAAGACUAAGGAGAAUUUAGACAAUGAAACGAUCAAAUUUUUCCUAGAGAACAUUAAAGUAAUCGAGGGCAAUAGGUAUGAAGUCUGUUUGCCUUGGAAGGAUAGUCAUCGGAUUCUUGAAGAUAAUAAAGAUAAAGCGGAAAAAAGACUUUUCGCCAAUACACGAAGACUGCAGAAGAUGGGAUUUUUCGAAGAAUAUGAUGGUAUUAUUAAAGGCUGGCACGAGGAAGGUAUAAUUGAAAUAGCUCCGAAUAAUAGUGAUACUGGUCACUAUUUAUCUCAUCAAGCAGUAAUCAAGGAUUCCAGUCUGACUACGAAAGUGCGACCUGUAUUCGAUGCAUCAUUGAAGGAUGAAAAUGGGAAUUCCUUGAAUGCUUGCCUCGAAAAGGGGCCGAAUUUAAUAGAAAUGCUUCCAAAACUUUUGAUACAAUUCCGGCAACAUGCAAUUGGUGUUACUGCCGAUAUAAGGAAAGCUUUCUUACAAAGUUUCUUCUUUCAAAUCAGUUUGUGUGUCAGAGACAGAGACUUUUUGAAAUUCCUGUGGUGGAAAGAUUCAAACAAAACCGAGAUUAUUACCUACAGACACUGUCGUGUCGUGUUCGGCAUUUCUUCGAGUCCAUUCCUGUUGGGAGCAACGAUUUCUUACCAUUUGGAUAAUGCUCCACAAGAUUUAAGAGGAACGGCACUUAGAUUGAAGAAAUCCUUUUAUGUCGACAAUUGUAUAGCUAGUUUCGAAACCGAAAAAGAAGUAGUCAAGUUCAAAGAAGAGUCCCAAACUCUAAUGUCUUCAGGAGGUUUUGACCUUAGAGGGUGGACUGCUGCACCAUUCAAAGAUAGAAGCAUGACUUCCUAUCAGAAGGUCAUUCCAAUUCUGGGACUCUCAUGGGACACCGAGAAUGAUGAAAUCUAUUGCAAUUUAACCCUUUGA